UCAAAGGCGUUAAUUUGCUGGACAAGCAAAAGGAUAAGGCUUCCAUUGGCUCCAUUUCCCUUGCCGCACCGCCAGCUGUCAUUCUUACAUCACUACCAACGGCGCGUGUGCCCUUGGCCUUCUUUCUUGUCGCUCUCUUUUAACUUCUUCUUCGGCUUUUAUCCCUUUGGAAACUUGCGCCUUUCGAUAUCACGAGCUUCGAUCUCAGUGGCACCUUAUAUCGCCAUCACCUCAAAGGCUCCCCCUUUGACCGAUUAUCUCCUGCUGCUCGACAGCCACGCCCUCAUAUUCACGAGAAAUCGCAUUCUUUGACGACUACUCUCUCAGGGCGACUCUGACGAUACUCGACCAACCGAGCGAUCUACCCCUGCAAUUGACUUUACUGUUGGCAACCAACGCUGCUCAACAGACCAUAUACCCCCACGAAUCUGUACAAUUCAACAGACACAAGGCGUUUUCGUGACCUCUAACCAGGUCAGCCCAUACGAAAGCGAUGCAUUUCGCUUACCCCCCGCGGAAGAGCUCGAACCCGCCGCCUUUCCGCGCCGCUGGCUCGGGAUUCGCUGUUCCUCGUCGCGCCCGCUUGAGAACGAUUUCGCUCAGUCUGCUCGCCUUUAUUGCGAUUGUCUAUCUCCUAUUCUGGCCCAGCCAAAAGAAUCCCUAUCAUGAGCGUCAGCCGUCAGGCAACCCGCCUGUGGUUAUGGUGACAGUGCUGGACCACAAACACUAUAGCAAGGAGUAUCUCGAUACGGUCAAGGAGAACCGCCAGCUGUAUGCAAAGACGCAUGGCUACAAGGAGUUUACUGUCAACGCCUACUCGUACGACACCCAGGGCGCACCGUCGUCAUGGUCCAUGCUCAUGGCCAUGCGCCACGCUCUUACCAAGUACCCUGACUGCAAAUACGUUUGGUACCUCGACCAGGAUGCCUAUAUCAUGGACAUUUCAAAGUCUCUUGAAUCCGUUGUCUUGUCCAACAGCAAGCUAGACAGCCUUAAAAUCAAGGACCACCCUGUUGUUCCCCCCGACUCGAUUAUCAAGACUUUUGGCCAUCUCCGCGCCAACGACAUUGAUCUGAUCUUGUCGCAAGAUAAGACGGGCCUUGUUCACAACAAUAUCAUACUGCGUAAUGGCGAAUGGGCUAAAUUUUUCUUGGAGACUUGGAUGGAUCCCUUGUACAGAUCAUACAACUUCCAAAAGGCUGAGCGCCACGCUCUUGAACAUAUUGUUCAAUGGCACGCGACAAUUCUGGCCAAGCUGGCCCUCGUCCCUCAACGAACCUUCGCCUCGUACCUCCGAGCCAACAUGGGCGAUCCAUACCAAGACGGCGACUUUGUUGCCAUGUUUGCUGGCUGCACAGCCACGGGCCGCGAGAGCUGCGAAGCCGUAUCGAGCGACUACUUGAAGAAAUGGAAGGCCAAGUCGGGCUAGAGGAUGAGGCGGUGGUGGUGGCAGUGGCAGGAGGAUAGAAUGCCGAAGGACGGUCUGUUUUGAACAUAUAGGAAAAACUGGCGUUUGCUGCGGACGCAUAUAAAGAGGCAUGUAUCUACCUGGGGAUUCCUACGGCGUUUUUACACUUGAUUGUUUUCUGUACAGGGCAGUUGGGGGAGGAUUUGUAUUCAUUCUUUGGAGGGCAUGGGGAACACUUGCUCUCUCACUCUUAUUUUUUAUGCAUUGCCCUUGGGUGUAGGAGGUAAUUCUAAGGAUACAAUUUUCGCAUUUAAUGAAAAGCAAAAAGUAAACUUUUACCAAGU